AUAUAUUUAAUAGAUCCAUAAGAUAUAAACUAAAGAGAGUAGUAAAAUUCAUAAUAAACAAUAAUUCAAAAUCAAAAAAAAUAUGAAAAAUAAUUUAUAUUUGACCACGUAUUUAACGAAAAUACAACAACAGACUAAUUAUUUAGGACAGGAAUAUAUCAUGCAGUAGACCAUACAUUAAAUGGUUAUAAUUCAACAAUAUUUGCUUAUGGAAUGACUGGAGCAGGAAAAUCAUUUACAACAUUCGGAAAUUUAUAUAAUUAAACUAAUAGUUAAGAAGGUAUAUGUAUAUUAUUAUUACGCCAUUUGAUAUAAGGUGGUAAGCAAACAAAUACAACAUUUAAAUUCAGUUAUUUGGAAAUAUAUAAUGAAUAAAUAAGAGAUUUAAUGUGUUCUAAAAGUGAAAAUUUAAUGGUUAUUGAAGAUCCUUGCAAAGGAGUUUUUGUUCCAGAUUUAACUGAAUAUUAACUUGAAACUGAAAACGAAGUUAAAUCUUUUAUUUUAUAAGGAAACACAAGAAGGGUAAUGGCUUCUACUGCAGCUAAUUAAUUCUCAUCUAGAUCACACGCUAUUAUAUAAAUAAAUACAUUAAGAAGUGACAAUGUAAAUUAAAUUUCUUCUAAGUUAUGUAUUGUAGAUCUUGCAGGAUCAGAGAGGGCUGCAGCAUCUGAGAAUCGAGGAGUAAGGCAAACUGAAGGAGCGAAUAUAAAUAAAAGUUUACUUGCAUUAGGAAAUUGUAUAAACUUAUUAUCUGAUAGUAAUAAAAAAGGUAGUUUCGUGCCUUAUAGAGAUUCUAAAUUAACAAGAUUAUUAAAAGACUCUUUGGGAGGAAAUACAAAAAGUAUUAUGAUUGCAUGCAUAAGUGGAAGCUUAAUGUGUUAUGAUGAAACAGCAAAUACUCUAAAAUAUGCAAGCAGGGCAAGAAAUAUAAAGAAGUCAGUAAAAAGAAACGAGGAAGAAAAAAUUGAAUAAGGAGUAUGGGAAUAUAAAAACAUAAUAUAAGAAUUAAGAUUGGAAAUAAAAAAUUUAAAAGAUUAAUUGGCCGUUAAAAAUAAUGAAAAUUUAUAAUUAAUAAAUUAACAGAAAAUUAUUAAUUAAUUUAAUUCUAAUAAUAGUUUGUACUGUGGCGAUAAUAUAUAAGAAAAAGGUAGCUUAUUAGAUGAUAUUUCAUAAAAGAUAUUCGAAAAUUUAGAAGAAAAUUGGGAAAUUAAAAUGUCUAUUAAUGAAAUACUAGAACUUAAUAAAAUUUCCGAAGAUUUCAUUUAAGAAAUGAAAGAAAAAAUAAAUCCAAUUAUGGAUCAAGAAAGUAUUGGCGAAAUACAUAAAGAAAUAUUAAAAAGGGAAUAAAUUAUUAUAAGUAAUUAAGAGGUUUUAUAAGAAUUAAAUUCGAAAUUGAUAAAAAAUCAAGAAUAAAAAAAAGAAUUGUAAUAGAAAAUGCUUGGAAUUACAAAUUCUUUCAACCAUUAUUAGUCUUAAUAGUAAUUUGAGGAAAAGAUUUCAGAUAAUAAGAGUUUUAAGGAUUUAUAGAUUUAAUAAAUGACAAAAAAAAUGGAAUAAAUGUAAGAAGAACUGAACUAAAAAACAAAACAACUUUAAGAUAAUUAAGAAAUAAUAAAUAAUUUAGUAAAAUUUAUUUUUUAUUAAUGA